AUGCUGAGACUCGCCCCCAUCCUGCGACUCGCCCCCAUCCUGCGACUCGCCCCCAUCCUGCGCCGACACUCCCGCAAUGUCUCCAUAAACCGCCCCGCACCACCACCGCUUCCUCCCGGCGACCAGCGCGAGUUCGAGCAGCUCCUCCGCAACGCACAGACACCCCUCGCACCCUCCGCAUCCCACGAUCCACAACUCGUCCUCGCCCUGCACCCCGACGCUCGCCCACCCACACCACCCGACUUCCAGGGCGACGUCAACCCAACCACCGGCGAGCAGGGCGGACCAAAACGCGAGCCCGUCAAGCGCUGGGCAGCAGAUCCAGGAGGCGAUUGGAGCUUCAAGGGCAGGGUCUCCGACUUCUGA